AUGGCCGAGGCCGGCACGCACCCGCUGCGGCUGCUGAUGCUGGCCGUGGCCGACGACGUGGCGUUGCCGGACGGGGAGGACCACGAGGCGGAGGCGCACAGCAAGAGGCGCGAGUCGACAGGCGGCGCGCUCGCACGCAUGCUCGUGAGCUCGCUGGCGUUCCUGUUCCAGCGCCCCAUCCGCCUGUUCCGCCCGAUGCAUUUCUCCUCGUUCUCGCUCCUGGAGAUGAUGGCGCGGCGCGAGGGCAAGAGGCUCGGUCUUCCGUACCUGCGCCGCCUCGUUCGGCACGAGAAUCCGGCGCUCCUCCUCGCGCUCGUCGUGCCUCCGAUGAUGGCGAACCUCGCCAUCGGCUUCACCCUCUUUAAGACGUACACGCUUGCCGAGGCGUGGAUGCGCGGCACAGACACGUUGUCUGUCGGCAACGAGCCGUUCGUACCGACGCUCGUCGUCGCCGUCGCGGGCGCCGCGGCAGGCGCCGCGCAGUGCAUUAUCUCGGCGCCCCUCGACAACAUCCGCCUCGUUGUGCAGCCGAUCCUCAUGCACGACGCGGUGCGCACCAGCUCGCCGUCCGCCCUCCUGCGCAUGCCGGUGCGCACGUGGACGACCAUGGUCGAGGCCGCCUUCCUCCCCUUCCUGCCCGAGCGCUGGUACGAGCGGGCCCUGCAGCGGCUGCAACACCCGCGCGCGGGCCAGCCCCGGUCGCCGCCCGCCGUGUUCCGAUACCUGCCGCGGCAUGUGCGCCUGCUCGCGCGCCAGAAGCACGGCGUCAGCCUGGCGCUGUCGCUCGUGCGCGACGCCUCGGGCUUUGCGUGCUUCUUCGUUGUAUUCGAAUGGGCGCGCCGCGCCGCCUUCCACGUCUCGCUGCGCGCCGACCAGCUGCGGCAGUACGUGCGGCGGAAUCUGCCGCCGUCGCUCCGCCUCGGCACGCGCGAUACACAGCGGGACGCCGACGCCGACGCAUCGAUGGACCAGAGCUUCGGCGCGAGCCGCAGCGUGCUCGGCCGGUGCUCCGCCGCGCUCGUGCUCGUGCUCGGCGGCGCGGUCGGCGCGUGGAUCUACAGCGUGGUCAGUCGCCCCAUCGAGCUCGUGCGCAUGGUCCUGUGGCACCGGCUCUACAUGCCGCCGCGCAAGCCCCGCGCCUACAGCCGGCAGGCCUCGGCCCUGACCAACGUGCGGGCCGUGCGCAUGCCGACGGCGUCCGCGCGCAUAGGCCUCGCAUGCACGACACGCCACCUGCGCUGUGACCGCCGCCGCGUGCCGCCGCCGCCGCGCGCGCAUAUCGAGUGGCGCCUGCGCGCCACGGACGCCCCAGCGGGCAGCGCGCGGCCGCGGCUGCCCUCGCCCGCGACACUGGCGCGGCUCCUGCGCUAUGCACGCAUGACGGCGCCGCCGCACGUCGGUGCGUCGCCGCUGCGCCUGCUCGCGCACACGUACCUCGUGCGCCCCUUUGUGUUCCCCGACCUGUGCAAGCCGUCGGCGCCGCGCCCCUGGGGCGCCGGGCCGGCAGCGCGGUCGACACACCAUAUACCCGCCUCGGCCCAGCGUCCCCGGCUCCGCCUGUCGUGGCUGUGGAGCCGCCUGCUCACGCCGUAUGGCUGUGGCUUUCUCGUGUUUGCGUGGAUGAGCGGCGACCUUUAG